GCGGCGGGGGCUGCAAAAGUCGCGGAUCUCCGGUGUCCCCUAGCACACUCACCAAGGCCCCCGUUCUCUGCAGUCCCCACAGCAGCUCGCGAUGGCCCCGCGCAAGAACGCCAAGGGUGGCGGCGGCCACAGCAGCAGCAGCAGCAGCAGCGGCGGCUCGGGCAGCGGUAGCCCGAGCACCGGUAGCAGCGGCAGCAGCAGCAGCCCCGGGGCGCGGAGAGAGGCAAAGCACGGAGGACACAAGAACGGGAGGAAAGGAGGGAUUUCAGGAGGCUCCUUCUUCACGUGGUUCAUGGUCGUUGCGUUGCUGGGCGUCUGGACAUCCGUGGCUGUCGUGUGGUUUGACCUUGUUGAUUACGAGGAAGUUCUCGGAAAACUAGGAGUCUAUGAUGCGGAUGGUGACGGAGACUUUGAUGUGGACGAUGCCAAAGUUUUACUAGGGCUUAAAGAAAGAGCUACUUCAGAGAGGACAUUUCCACCAGAGGAGGCAGAAGCGCCAGCUGAGCAGCAGGGGCAUGCCGCUGAGGGGCCAGAAGUCCAGAGUGUUGAAGAUGAAGUAAAGGAGCAAACGGAGUCCCUUCUCCAGGGGUCAGCACACACAGGGCAUGACCUGCAGCUCGAAGCAGAAGGACCACAGCCAGAGGUUGAGGACUUCCUCACAGUGACUGACAGAGAUGACAGAUUUGAGGCCCUGGAACCUGGGACGGUCCCUGAAGAGACUGAGGAUAGUUACCAUAUGGAAGAGCCAGCAUCACAGGACCAUCCAAACGAUGUGGAAGAGUUGAUGAAUGAACAGGAAAACUCAGAGGAAGUAACACAACAAGACUAUGAUGAACCAGUAUAUGAACAUUCAGAAAAUGAAGGGAUAGAGCUUUCAGAUAAUGCCAUAGAAGAUUCCAGCAUAAUUUCAGAAGAAAUAAAUCACCCCUCCGUGGAGGAACAGCAAGACACACCACCAGUUAAGAAAAAGAAGCCUAAACUUCUGAACAAGUUUGAUAAAACCAUUAAGGCUGAACUUGACGCUGCAGAAAAGCUCCGGAAAAGGGGUAAAAUCGAGGAAGCAGUGAAUGCGUUUGAAGAAUUGGUUCGAAAGUAUCCUCAGAGCCCACGCGCGAGAUACGGCAAAGCGCAGUGUGAAGAUGACUUGGCAGAGAAGAGGCGGAGCAAUGAGGUGCUGCGCAGGGCCAUCGAGAGCUACCAGGAGGCCGCCAACCUGCCUGACGCCCCCACAGACCUGGUGAAGCUGAGCUUGAAGCGACGGUCAGAAAGACAGCAGUUUCUAGGUCACAUGAGAGGUUCUCUCCUUACCCUCCAGAGACUAGUUCAGCUUUUCCCUAGUGAUACCACCUUAAAGAACGACCUUGGCGUAGGAUACCUCCUGAUGGGAGACAAUGACAGUGCCAAGAAGGUUUACGAAGAGGUUCUGAAUGUGACACCCAAUGACGGCUUUGCUAAAGUGCAUUACGGCUUUAUCCUGAAGGCACAGAACAAGAUAGCGGAGAGCAUUCCCUACUUAAAGGAAGGAAUCGAAUCCGGGGAUCCUGGCACGGACGACGGCCGCUUUUAUUUCCACUUGGGUGACGCCAUGCAGAGGGUCGGGAACAAAGAGGCAUAUAAGUGGUAUGAGCUUGGCCACAAGAGAGGACAUUUUGCCUCUGUCUGGCAGCGUUCCCUCUACAAUGUGAACGGUCUAAAGGCUCAGCCAUGGUGGACACCCAGGGAGACUGGCUACACAGAGCUGGUGAAGUCUUUAGAGAGAAACUGGAAGUUGAUCCGCGAUGAGGGCCUCACGGUGAUGGAUAAAGCCAAGGGUCUCUUCCUGCCAGAAGAUGAAAAUCUCCGGGAGAAGGGGGACUGGAGCCAGUUCACGCUGUGGCAGCAAGGAAGGAAAAACGAGAAUGCCUGUAAAGGAGCUCCUAAGACCUGUGCUUUACUCGAAAAGUUCUCCGAGACGACAGGAUGCAGGAGAGGACAGAUCAAAUAUUCCAUCAUGCACCCUGGCACUCAUGUGUGGCCACACACGGGACCCACAAACUGCAGACUCCGAAUGCAUCUAGGGUUGGUGAUUCCCAAGGAAGGCUGCAAGAUCCGGUGUGCGAAUGAGACCAGGACAUGGGAAGAAGGCAAAGUGCUCAUCUUUGAUGACUCCUUCGAGCACGAGGUGUGGCAAGAUGCCUCAUCUUUCCGGCUGAUAUUCAUCGUGGAUGUGUGGCACCCCGAGCUGACCCCUCAGCAGAGACGCAGCCUGCCUGCAAUUUAAAAGGGAUUGACACAGACUUGGAUGCUCUCCAGGGAGGCUGCCUCUCUGAUUUUCUUUUCGGGUGUGGAUCUACAAGUUCAAGUGCCAUGACUCUCCAUUUCCUCACCUGAGCUAAAGACCUCUAAGGCUCCUUCUGGAUUGGGAAUGCUGGAGGGAGGAUUUGCCUUACUGCGGUUCACUUAGGAGG